AUGGCCGAGGGCGGGGUGCCAAAGCUCCCGGUGCUGCCCCCCAUCAGAGGGAAGCCUUUUCAUCACCAAAUGGAGGAGGCUGAAGCAACCUUGGCGGAGUUCAAAGAAAAAAUGGAAGCUCACACGAAGCUGCUGAAGCACAGUAGACGCAGCGUGCAGCGAAAAGAACUGAACAUGCUAUUGGCUUCCAGAGCGAUAAAGGACUACAGCAAAGCGAGGGAAUCUGUGCGCACCCCCUCACCUGAACCACAGUUCCCACCAUCUAUGAAGUACAAUUUUCUGAAGCAUUGUGUGGAGAAGCGACCUGUUGCUCCAAUCCAGAGUGAAUGGCUGGAGUCAAUUGAGGCCAAAAUCUCACCGAAACUUAAAGAUACUGUGGGAAAAAAAUUUCUAUUGCAGGAGCUUUGUGAAGAAGUCAGUGAGGACUUCAGGAAUGUCAUUCUCAAGCACACAGUGGACACAGUCUUAAAGAAUCCAGAUAUGGAAGAACUGACUUCAGACAAACAAACAACCACUCAAUCCAAACUACCGAUACUUGAUUCCACCCAACCAUGGCAUGACAGCUUUAUCAAAAGCCGCAGGAGGAUACAGAUGAAUCUGCACAUUCUGCAUCCUGUAAUGCAAACUGUGCUGGACAUUGGCUAUAUGACAUUUUCUACCCUGGUUUUAGUAAAUCUUUCAGGAUACAGUGGCGGUUUAUGUUUUUGCAGAGCCUCAGGGCCUGUGGACUAUAAGAGCUUACAGAAUAAAACCUUGGUGGAGUGUAAGAGAACAGAAGAUCGCAUCAUGAACACCUGGUUCCCCAAAAUCAUUCACUUACUAACCGACAAAAAAAUGCUUGGAGUAGUGAAAGAGAAGAGAUUGGGUUCCUUUUAUGACUGUGCAUCUACUCUCAUUUCCAAUCAGUUGAAAUCUUUACUGCAGGCAAGUGUAGAGGAGGUUGUGAAUGUUUUCGAUCCAGGCUGUCAUCACCUCUUGCCAAUCUUUCAUAUGGCUUUGACAUUUGAUGAUGAAAAGAUGGAAAUUUACCCCACCUUGCAAGAUCUGGAAGACUCUGUAUUGGAGAUUCUUAAUGCUGUAACAAAUACACUGCAGAAAGUACCAACGGUCCAGUCGUGGUUGGCACAAAACACAACUUCAUCUGUGGAUGCAAAGGUGGACAAUCAGAUAAUUGCUUGUGCUCAAGUUUCUGUGAAGAACGCUGUGCGCAAAAAUCUGGAAGAGCCUGACAAGCAUUUCCAGAAUUAUGUGGAUCAAUACAGCUGGUUAGUCAAUGGAACUGCACAAGCCCAGAUAGAAACGUUAAUGGAAGAGGAGCAUUCUUUUGAUGAGUACACAAAGAAAGUGGAGGAGUUUCGUGCCCUGUCUCAAGAGAUUAUGAGCCUCCCAUCGAAAGCCAGCUUCACGAUGGUUCAUCUCGACUGUUCAGAGUUGAAACAAGGGCUUGCCAACAAAUCUAAUGCUUAUGCUGAAAAACUUCUCAAGAAACUGGUCUCUAGACACCGGGAGCAAAAUACACAGAUCUGCUCUGAAUUCGAAACCAUCAGAAAGAAAGCUACCGAAGUUACAGAAAGUACAGAGCAGAUGGCUCAGCUGAGUGAAUACGUCAGUGUCACUAAGACAAAGAGUAUCGCAGUGCUUAAUGAAAAAAUAAAGGAAGCCUACCACAGGCUAGUGUACCUCUUGGAUGUCUACAUCUUUGAACCAGAAGAUCUGGAGCUGAAUUCCACAGUUUUUCUCUGGCCUAAAAACAUCCUUCAUGUGUUUAAACAGAGUGAUGAGGUGAUGCAGACAGCCAAGCAGAAAGGCCAGACGGAGCUGACGGCGCGGAGAGAAAGAUUAAUGGUGCAGCUGGAAAAGUUGGGGCGCAGGAUAGAAGAGUUUCCACUUUGUUCUGACCUGCAGAUGAUGCGGCAGUAUGUUGCAGAUACCAGAACAGUUCAGAAACUCCUCCAGCAGGCUGAAGAGGAGAUUGCCUUUAUCAACAAAGAAGAGGAGUUCUACCAAUGGGACCUUACAACUUUCCCACAAGCUGAAGUCAUAAAAGACAGUAUUGAACCAUACCAGAAGCUGUUUGGAUUGAUCCAGAACUGGCAGCGCACAGAGAGCAGAUGGUUGGAUGGUUCCUUCCAGGACCUAGAUGGUGAAAGUCUGGAGGCGAAAGUGGAUGAGUUCUUCCGGGAGAUCUUCAAGAUGGUGAAGUUCUUUGAGCAGAAACAGAAUAGGGCUGCACAAGAGAAGGAGAAGAUUUCAGGGAUCAUGAGGCUCCAACAUGACGAGGACGGGAGGAAGCAGAGUCCCACAACAACUCUGUGCUCCACUGUGAUGGAGCAGAUCAAACAUUUCAAGGAGUACAUCCCUGUGGUGUCCAUCCUGUGUAACUCCGGUCUCAGAGCUCGCCACUGGGAGCAGAUAUCAGAGGUGGCAGGCUAUGAUCUCACUCCUAAUGCUGGGACAACUCUCCGCAAAAUCCUCAAACAGAAUCUGACUCCUUUUCUGGAAGACUUUGAGUCAAUCAGUGCCGCUGCCAGUAAAGAGUUUUCUCUGGAGAAGGCAAUGCACGCCAUGAAGUGUGUCUGGGAUGAUGUCUCCUUCCACCAUCAACCAUACAGAGACACUGGUGUGUCCAUUUUGACCUCUCUGGACGAUAUUCAGACGAUUUUGGACGACCAGAUUGUGAAAACUCAAACUAUGAGAGGCUCACCAUUCAUCAAGCCGUUCGAGAGUGAAAUCAAGCUUUGGGAGGAGCGUCUGCUCCGGAUACAGGAAACCAUAGACGAGUGGCUGAAGGUUCAGGUCCAGUGGCUUUACCUUGAGCCCAUCUUUUCAUCUCAGGACAUUAUGCAGCAGAUUCCAGAAGAGGGACGACUCUUUCAAACUGUUGACAGUAACUGGAAAGCUGUGAUGAAGUAUUGUGUUAAAGAUCCUAAGAUUCUUCCAGCAACCUCAUUACCUGGCUUGUUAGAGAAACUGCAGGAGUCCAACACCCUCCUUGAUAACAUUAUGAAAGGGUUGAAUGCAUAUCUGGAGAAGAAACGUCUCUUUUUUCCUCGGUUCUUCUUUUUAUCCAACGAUGAAAUGCUGGAGAUUCUCUCUGAAACCAAGGACCCACUGCGAGUGCAGCCUCAUUUGAAGAAGUGCUUUGAGGGCAUUUCAAAGCUGGACUUCCUCCCCAAUAUGGACAUUCAGGCCAUGUACAGCAGUGAGGGAGAGCGCGUUCAGCUCAUCCAGCACAUCUCCACAUCUGAAGCCAAAGGAGCAGUGGAGAAGUGGCUGGUUCAGGUGGAGGAUGUGAUGCUUCGCAGCGUCAGAGAUGUGAUCUCCCGGUCCAGACUGGCCUAUGAAGAGACUCCACGGAGUCAGUGGGUGAAGGAGUGGCCUGGCCAGGUGGUCCUGUGCACAUCACAGAUUUUCUGGACUUUGGAGGUUCAUGAGGCCAUCAGAGAAGGGCCAGAUGCCCUAAAGAACUACUAUCAGCAGCUCCAGAAUCAGCUGAAUGACAUCGUGGAGCUGGUGAGAGGAGAACUGCCCAAGCAAACGCGAAUUACUUUGGGAGCUCUGGUCACGAUUGAUGUUCAUGCCAGGGAUGUAGUCAUGGACCUCAUAGAAAAAGGCGUAUCACAUGAAACUGACUUUCAGUGGCUGGCUCAGCUACGCUACUACUGGAGCAAUGACAAUGUGCGUGUUCGCAUAAUCAACUGUGACGUUAAAUACGCUUAUGAGUACCUGGGGAACUCCCCGCGUCUUGUCAUCACUCCUCUGACUGACAGAUGCUACCGAACUCUGAUUGGAGCUUUCUUCCUGAAUUUGGGCGGUGCACCCGAAGGCCCAGCAGGAACAGGAAAAACUGAGACCACCAAAGAUUUAGCCAAGGCUCUUGCUGUCCAGUGUGUGGUCUUCAACUGUUCAGAUGGACUGGAUUAUCUGGCGAUGGGGAAAUUUUUUAAAGGUCUGGCCUCGUCUGGUGCAUGGGCAUGCUUUGAUGAAUUCAACCGCAUCGAGUUGGAGGUGCUGUCUGUGGUGGCUCAGCAGGUUCUCUGCAUUCAGAGGGCCAUCGAGCAGAAGCUGGACUACUUUGACUUUGAAGGCACCAUGCUCAAACUCAAUCCCAACUGCUUUGUAUCCAUUACAAUGAAUCCUGGCUAUGCAGGGCGCUCAGAGCUCCCAGACAACCUCAAGGUGUUGUUCCGGACAGUGGCCAUGAUGGUCCCCAACUAUGCCCUGAUAGCAGAAAUCUCUCUUUAUUCCUACGGUUUCCUCGAUGCCAAACCGCUCUCGGUGAAGAUCGUCAUGACUUACAGGCUUUGUUCAGAACAGCUCUCCUCUCAGUUCCACUACGAUUACGGCAUGAGGGCAGUGAAAGCUGUACUCGUGGCUGCUGGAAACCUCAAGCUCAAGUAUCCCGAUGAGAAUGAAGACAUUAUUCUUCUGAGAUCCAUAAAGGAUGUUAAUGAACCCAAGUUUCUGUCGCAUGAUAUUCCACUAUUCAGUGGAAUCACCAGUGAUUUGUUUCCAGGAAUAUCUCUUCCUGAGGCAGACUAUCAGCUGUUUCUGGCCGCUGCUGAGGAGUGCUGUAAAAAUCACAAUGUGCAGCCAACGGAGGUCUUCUUACAAAAGAUGAUCCAGACAUACGAGAUGAUGAUAGUUAGGCAUGGGUUUAUGCUGGUUGGAGAACCUUUUGCUGGAAAAACCAAAGUGCUACAUGUUCUAGCCGACACUCUGACUCUCAUGAAUGAGAGAGGACAGGGCCUGGAGGAGAAGGUGAUCUUCAGGACUCUAAACCCAAAGUCUGUAACUAUGGGACAGCUCUUUGGACAGUUUGACCAAGUUUCACAUGAGUGGACAGAUGGGGUUGUGGCCAACACAUUUCGUGAGUUUGCGUCUGCUGACACACCAGAUCGUAAGUGGGUGGUGUUCGAUGGUCCAAUAGAUACUCUGUGGAUCGAGAGCAUGAACACUGUGCUCGAUGACAACAAAAAGUUGUGUUUGAUGAGUGGUGAAAUCAUUCAGAUGUCCAGUCAGAUGAGUCUGAUUUUUGAGGCAAUGGAUCUGUCACAGGCCUCUCCAGCCACAGUCAGCCGCUGUGGUAUGAUCUACAUGGAGCCGUCUCAGCUGGGCUGGAAGCCCUUGGUGGUCUCCUGGAUGAAAACCCUUCCGGAAGCUCUGCAGAAGCCUGACUUCUGCUCUCUGCUGAUGGAGCUCUUUCACUGGAUGUUGCCUCCUGCUCUCAAGAUGCUGCGGAAAAACUGCAGAGAAGUUGUGUCCACCAGCGACAGUAACACUGUGAUGUCGUUGUGUCGACUGUUUGAGAUGCUUCUCACUGAGCCGGUUACGACGGAUCCUGGAGAUAGCAGUAUCCGCACCUGGAUCAUGGCGGCUUUUGCCUUCUCCUUGGUGUGGUCAGUUGGCGGCAGUUGCGAUGCAGACAGCAGAGAGAAGUUCAGUGACUUCCUCAGGGCGAUGAUUUCAGGAGAAAUGAAAGAAAAUCCGAUCCCUGACGCAGUUGGAAAAUGGGAGUGUCCAAUGGAUGAGAAAGGCCUCGUCUAUGACUAUUUUUAUGAGUUUAAUAGAAGAGGCAAAUGGAUUCACUGGAAUGAAUCCAUUCAGAAUGUCAGCCUAGGAGACAAAAACACCAAAGUGCAAGAGAUCAUCGUUCCCACUAUUGACACGGUUCGCUACUCCUAUCUGAUGGACCUCUGCAUCACAUAUGGAGUUCCUCCCCUGUUUGUUGGAACUACUGGCACUGGGAAGUCUGUUUAUGUUAAGGAGAAACUGAUGAACAAUCUGGACAAAGACUCCUUCCUUCCCUUCUUCAUCAACUUCUCAGCUCGGACGAGUGCAAACCAAACCCAGAAUAUCAUCAUGUCCAGGUUAGACAAACGAAGGAAAGGGGUAUUCGGACCCCCCAUGGGGAAAAAGUGUGUGAUCUUUGUAGAUGACAUGAACAUGCCGGCACUGGAACAGUUUGGAGCUCAGCCUCCUGUGGAGCUCCUCCGACAGUACAUUGACCACAAAAACUGGUAUGACCUGAAGGACACCUCCAGGAUCACCCUGGUGGACUUACAGCUCAUCUCAGCCAUGGGUCCCCCUGGUGGUGGGAGGAAUGCAGUCACACCUCGCUUCUUACGACAUUUCAACAUCUUUAGUAUCAAUGCCUUCAGUGACGACACCAUGGUUCGCAUUUUCUCCAACAUUAUGGCUUUUCAUUUCAAAAAUAAUAAUUUCCCACCAGAAUGUUUUACAGUUGGUAACCAAAUAGUGAUGGCUACAAUGGAGGUGUAUCAGAAAGCCAUGAAGCACCUGCUUCCUACUCCAGCCAAGUCUCACUACACUUUCAACCUGCGAGACUUCUCGCGUGUCAUCCAAGGAUGCCUGCUGCUGAAGAAACAGUCACUGGAGAACAAGCACACCAUGAUAAAACUGUUCGUCCAUGAGGUCUUCCGUGUUUACUAUGAUCGUCUGGUUGAGGAACAAGACCGAACAUGGCUUUUCAAACUCAUGAAUGGCAUCCUCAAAGACCAUUUCAAAGAGUCUUUUGACCAGGUCUUCGAUCACCUCAAGAAAGGCAGUAAACUGGUUGAGGAAGACAUGCAAAAUCUUCUGUUUGGUGACUACAUGAAGCCUGACCUGGAGGGUGAUGAGCGCCUGUACACCGAGGUGCCUUCAAUGGAAAGCUUUGCACAGGUGGUGGAGUCCUGUCUGCAGGAAUACAACCAGAUGCACAAGACUCGAAUGAACCUCGUCAUAUUCCGCUAUGUCCUGGAGCACUUGUCCCGAAUCAGCCGUGUAUUGAAGCAGCCUGGGGGCAAUGCCCUGCUGGUGGGAGUAGGAGGCAGUGGCCGGCAGUCCAUCGUCCGUCUGGCUACGUCCAUGUCCCACAUGGCCCUGUUUCAGCCUGAAAUCUCAAAAAGUUAUGGCAUGACCGAAUGGAGAGAUGACCUAAAGAUGCUUCUGAAAAACGCUGGUGUUAAAGGACAGAAGACAGUGUUCUUGAUAACUGACGCUCAGAUCAAAGACGAGGCUUUUCUAGAAGAUGUCGACAGUGUUCUAAACACAGGAGAGGUACCCAACCUGUUUGCUAUAGAUGAGAAGCAGGAGAUCAUGGAGACAGUACGUCCCAUUGCUCAGGCUGGUAAUAAAAAUGUGGAAUUAAGCCCUUUGAGCCUGUUUGCCUUCUUUGUGGCCCGCUGCAAAGAAAACCUCCACAUUGUUGUGGCCUUCAGUCCUAUUGGGGAUGCCUUUCGAAACCGCUUGCGCCAGUUCCCAUCACUUAUUAACUGCUGCACCAUCGACUGGUACCAGCCGUGGCCAGAGGAGGCUCUUGAGCGAGUAGCUAACUCAUUCCUGGAGUCCCUGGAUAUGAGUGAAAAUGAGAGACAGGAGGUCAUUCCCAUCUGCAAAACAUUCCACACGUCCGCUAAACAGCUCUCACAGAGAUUUCUCUCUGAGCUUGGCCGACAUAACUAUGUGACGCCCACAUCUUACCUGGAGCUGAUUGCAGCUUUCCGUCUGCUCCUCACUCAAAAAAGAGCAACUGUCAUGAAAGCAAAACAGAGAUACAUCAAUGGGCUGGACAAACUCGCCUUCGCUGAAUCACAGGUGGGGGAGAUGAAGAAGGAGCUGGUAGAACUGCAACCCAAACUGGAGCAGGCAAAGACUGACAACACCAAGAUGAUGAAGGUGAUUGAAGUGGAGUCUGUGGAGGUGGAAGCCAAAAGUAAAGUUGUGCGUGUUGACGAGCAGGCAGCAACUAUAAAAGCCGAUGAGGCUCAGGCUCUAAAGGAUGAAUGUGAGAGUGACUUGGCUGAAGCUAUUCCUGCUCUGGAGGCCGCUCUUUCUGCUUUAGACACUUUGAAACCCUCGGAUGUCACAAUUGUGAAGUCGAUGAAAAAUCCACCUUCGGGGGUGAAGCUGGUGAUGGCAGCUGUAUGUGUGAUGAAAGGCAUAAAGCCAGAUAGGAUAGCUGACCCUGCUGGGACUGGAAAGAAGAUUUUGGACUACUGGGGUCCAAGCAAGAAGCUUCUGGGUGAUAUGAAUUUUUUGCGAGAUCUUAAAGAAUAUGACAAGGACAAUAUUCCUGUCCCUGUGAUGCAGAAGAUACGCAGUGAAUACAUGACUAAUCCUGAUUUUGACCCCAGCAUCGUCGCAAAAGCCUCAUCUGCUGCAGAGGGUCUGUGCAAGUGGAUCAAAGCCAUGGAAGUGUAUGACAGGGUGGCAAAGGUUGUAGCUCCCAAAAAGGCCAGUCUUGCAGAAGCACAGGAGUCGCUUGCAGCGACCAUGGUGCUCUUGGACCAGAAAAGAGCUGAGUUGAAAGAGGUUGAGGACCGCCUGUCUGCUCUUAAGAAAACCUUUGAGGAGAAAACAGAAGAGAAAGCCCAGCUGGAGCAGCAGGUGGAAUUAUGUGGAAGGAAACUAGAGAGGGCUGAGAAACUCAUUGGUGGUUUGGGUGGAGAAAAGACCAGAUGGUCGAAGGCAGCAGAUGACCUGCAGAAUACAUAUGACAACCUGACCGGAGACGUUCUGAUCUCUGCUGGAGUUAUUGCCUAUUUAGGGGCUUUCACAGUUAGCUUCAGACAGGACUGCACCAAGUUAUGGACCAAACUCUGCCAAUCCAAGAACAUUCCAUCAUCGGACGACUUCUCUCUCAGUCAAACUCUGGGAGAUCCAAUUAAGAUCAGAGCUUGGAACAUCGCAGGCCUUCCCAGUGACUCCUUCUCUAUUGACAAUGGUGUUAUUGUCAGUAAUUCACGUAGAUGGCCCUUGAUGAUUGAUCCCCAGGGCCAAGCCAACAAGUGGGUGAAGAAUUCAGAGAAAGAUAACAAUCUGAGUGUAAUCAAGUUAACUGACGGGGACUACAUGAGGACUCUGGAGAACUGCAUACAGUUUGGAACACCACUGCUGUUGGAAAACGUUGGAGAGGAACUGGACCCUUCUCUGGAACCACUGCUGCUCAAACAGACCUUCAAACAAGGUGGUGUGGACUGCAUCAGGCUCGGAGAGAGUGUGAUUGAGUACUCCGCUGAGUUCCGUUUCUACAUCACCACAAAACUCAGAAACCCCCACUUCCUGCCAGAACUGGCCACCAAAGUGGCUCUGCUCAAUUUUAUGAUCACUCCAGAGGGCCUGGAGGACCAGCUGUUAGGGAUCGUGGUUACCAAGGAGAGGCCAGAGCUGGAAGAAGAGAGAAAUGCACUCAUCCUGCAGUCAGCUGCCAAUAAGAGACAGCUAAAGGAAAUUGAAGACAAGAUCCUUGAGACUUUACAGUCGUCUGAGGGAAAUAUCCUGGAAGACGAGAGUGCUAUUCAGAUUCUAGAUUCUGCCAAGAGCAUGUCCAAUGAGAUAUCCAAGAAACAGCAGAUUGCUGAGAAGACAGAGAUCAAGAUAGCAGAGUCUCGAGAGGGUUACAGAGCAAUCGCAAAGCGCUCAUCCAUCCUGUUCUUCAGUAUUGCUGACCUGACUAACAUAGACCCCAUGUACCAGUACUCGCUCAGCUGGUUUGUCAACCUCUACAUCAACUCCAUCCAGGACAGUAAGAAAUCCAAGAAUCUUGAGAGAAGGCUUCAAUUUCUGAUUGAUCACUUCACCUACAACCUGUACUGCAAUGUGUGCCGCUCUCUGUUUGAGAAAGACAAGCUUCUUUUCUCCUUCCUUCUCUGCUGCAACCUACUCCUGUCAGAGGGGGAGAUUGAAUAUGCUGACUUUAUGUUCCUGCUCACUGGGGGAGUGGGCCUGCAGAACACCACAGCUAACCCCGACAGCAGCUGGCUGCAGGACAAAAGUUGGGAUGAAAUCUGCAGAGCCAGUGAACUUCCUGGCUUACAGGGGUUAAAAGAGGCUUUUAUCAAGAGCCCCGGAGACUUCAAGCCCAUUUAUGACAGCAAAGAGCCAUGUAAUGUUGCUCUGCCUCCACUGUGGUGUGAAAAACUCAAUGACCUACAAAAGAUGAUCAUUGUUCGCAGCCUUAGGCCCGAUAAGAUCGUGCCUGCUGUGACCAAAUACGUCACUGAUAAUCUUGGGAAAAGCUUUGUCCAGCCUCCUCCAUUCGAGCUGAGCAAGAGUUACCUGGACUCCAACUCCACCAUACCGCUUGUGUUCGUGCUGUCUCCAGGAGCAGAUCCCAUGGCGAGCUUGCUGAAGUUUGCCAGUGACAAGAACAUGGGUGGUACAAAGUUCCAGUCCAUCUCUCUGGGUCAGGGUCAAGGGCCUAUCGCUGCUAAGAUGAUAUCCUCAGCAAUGCAGAACGGGACAUGGGUGUGCCUGCAGAAUUGCCAUCUGGCCGUUUCCUGGAUGUCCACCCUGGAGAAAAUCUGUGAGGACUUUAGUCCUUCAACUUGCCACCAAGACUUCCGCCUCUGGCUCACAAGCUACCCUUCACCCAAGUUUCCAGUGAGCAUCCUGCAGAACGGGGUGAAAAUGACAAAUGAGCCUCCUACGGGUCUUCGCCUCAACCUGCUCCAGUCAUAUCAAUCUGAUCCUAUUUCUGAUCCAACUUUCUUCAACAACUGUCCCAAUAAGGAACUGGUCUGGGAGAAGCUCCUGUACGGACUGUGCUUCUUUCAUGCUCUUGUUCAGGAGAGAAAAAAAUUUGGUCCUUUGGGCUGGAACAUUCCUUAUGGCUUCAAUGAGUCUGAUCUCCGUAUAAGUAUCAGACAGCUGCAGCUUUUUGUAAAUGAAUAUGACGAGGUGCCUUUGGAAGCCAUAACAUAUCUGACUGGGGAGUGUAACUACGGCGGUCGAGUGACAGAUGACUGGGACAGACGGCUCCUGAUGACCAUCUUGGCUGACUUCUACAACGAGGACAUCAUUUGGGGAUAUCGCUACCCUUUCUCGCCAAGUGGAGAAUAUGUCGCUCCCCGGAAAUCUGACUACAAGGAGUACAUUGUCUUUAUCAAGAAACUUCCGUUGAGCCAGCACCCAGAGGUGUUUGGGAUGCAUGAAAAUGUGGACAUUUCUAAAGAUUUACAGCAGACAAAACUGCUGUUUGAUUCACUGCUCCUCACCCAAGGUGGAGGAGUGAAAGGAGGCGCUACCUCUGGGAGUGACAACACCCUCUUUGACAUUGCUAAUGACAUCCUCACUAAGCUUCCGGCUAAUUUUGACACAGAAGCUGCUCUGCAGAAGUUCCCAGUGCUGUAUGAAGAAAGUAUGAACACAGUUCUUGUCCAAGAGAUGGAGCGCUACAACACGUUGUGCAGCACAAUUCGCGUGAGUCUACAGAACCUGCUAAAGGCGAUAAAGGGCUUGGUGGUGAUGGAUGCUGACCUGGAGGCAGUUGCAGGCAGUUUGAUAGUGGGGAAGGUCCCAGAGAAGUGGGCCAAGCGCUCUUACCCCAGCCUUAAGCCUUUGGGCAGCUACAUCACCGACUUUCUCUCAAGGCUCAAGUUUUUGCAGGAUUGGUAUGAAACCAGCAAGCCCAGCGUGUUCUGGUUAUCCGGUUUCUUCUUCACUCAAGCCUUCCUUACUGGGGCCAUGCAGAACUACGCCAGGAAAUACCACAUCCCCAUCGAUCUGCUUGGCUUUGAUUUCAAGGUUCUGUGUAUCGAUGAGUCGGACACGGCACCUGAGGAUGGUGUUUACAUUAAUGGGCUGUUUCUGGAUGGAGCUCGUUGGGACAAAGAAAGUGGCGUUCUGGCUGAGCAGCAACCAAAAGUCCUGUUUGACUCAAUGCCCAUCAUCUGGAUCAAACCCACUGAAAAGAAGAGUAAGGAUCAACCUCCAACACUCUAUGUUUGCCCUCUCUACAAGACCAGCGAGAGGAAGGGCACGCUCUCUACCACGGGUCACUCCACCAAUUUUGUCAUCUCCAUGAUGUUGCCCACCAAUAAGCGCCCCCAACAUUGGAUCAAGCGUGGUGUGGCCCUGCUCUGCCAGCUGGACGACUGAAACCAGACAGCAUGCUGCCCAAGACUCUGGCAUCGAAUUCUGCUCUUCAAAUAUGCAAAAUAGAAGCUAAUGCUUGUUUUCAAACAGGCAUGAAGUAGAUACUUUUUAUGAACAGUAUUUAAAGAGAAAGACAAAACAUCUGUGUUUAAUUGCUACAACAGAUUACUAAACUACACUUAUUUCCUC